GCGCUGUCUGACGCCACCCAUCCCACUAUCUUCCGCUGAGGUGUGGAGCGCUUACGACGAGUCCCGGAAUCGAUGACCUCCACGCUUUGCCUGCUCUUCUUCCUCUCACACCCGGCUAGCCAUGUGCGACGUGACCUCCACCCGCUGACCCUCACCCCGAGCGUCGCAACAUCACCCCAACCCUUUCUUGGAUCGUCGGUGACCACACUCGCUUGACUCGCCUCGCCCGCACCCUCCGCCCCAUCCUUCCACGAGGCCACCCCACCGAAAAACGUGCAUUGACAUCUCGGAAAUCCGCCGACGACCAUCUUGACACCUGCCAACAACCCGCGCACUGCCAUUCCCCGGGCGCACCACCUCUUCCACCUCAUCCGCCUCCCCCGAACAACCACAGCCAUGCGCAUCCGACUACGCGACUGCGCCCUCGCCACCACCGCCAUCCUCUCCUCCCUCCGCCAUGUCGCCGCCAUCAGCCUCGACCCCACCGACCCCGACUCCGUCAAGUCCGCCGCGUCGACGGCGGCGCAUAGCAUGAUGCAAUGGUACGGCGGCAACCUCACCGGCGGCACGCCCGGCCUACUCGGCGGGCCCUACUACUGGUGGGAAGCCGGCGCAAUGUGGGGAGCGCUGAUUGAUUAUUGGUAUUACACCGGCGACGACACCUACAACGACGUCGUCACCCAGGCCUUACAGUUCCAAGUCUCGCCGACCAAGGACUACAUGCCCGCCAAUCAGACCACCGACGAGGGUAACGAUGAUCAGAUUUUCUGGGGCUUCGCGGUCAUGACCGCUGCGGAGUAUAAGUUUCCCAAUCCGCCCGCCGAUCAGCCGCAAUGGUUGGCGUUGGCGCAAGGCGUCUGGAAUAGCCAGCAAGCGAGAUGGGACACGUCCACGUGCAACGGCGGCCUGCGAUGGCAGAUUUUCACCUUCGACACGGGCUACACCUACAAGAACAGCCCCAGCAAUGCCGGCUUCAUCAACCUCGGUGCCCGUCUGUACGCAUACACCGGCAACCAGACCUACGCCAACUGGGUCAACAGGGCGUGGGAUUGGAUGGAGGGUGUCUUGCUCAUCAGCAACUUUGGUGAAGGGCCCGGCUACGGCAUCUACGAUGGCGUCUACGACACCAACAACUGCACCACCAUCACGUUCUUGCAAUGGACAUACAGCGCCGGCAUGCUCCUGAACACCGCCGCUGUCAUGUACAACAUCACCGGCGACCCGAUAUGGGAAACCCGACUCUACGGAAUCUGGAACUCUAGUAAUAUUUUCUUCUACAAUAAUACCAUCCUCUGGGAGCAAGCCUGCGAGCGCCCUGGCGGUGUAUGCGAUCUCAACGAAUUGAGCUUCAAGAGCUACUUUGCCCGCUACAUGGCCGCCAGCACAAAAUGGGUGCCAGCGCUGCUCGACAUUUUCACCCCGUUCUUUCAAUCCUCCGCCACAGCAGCGGCAGCACAAUGCGUCGGCACCAUCGCCGGCCUGUACGGCAACGCCUGCGGCUUCUCCUGGACCAACGGGACAUGGGAUGGCACCUAUGGCGUCGGGCAACAACUCGACGCCAUGCAAAUCUUCAUGGCCAACAUCGUCCAGGACGCCAGAUCGCCCGUGACGCGGAAGACGGGAGGCACCUCGACCGGCGACCCGAGCGCGGGCACAAGCAGCAAUACUGGCAUUGGCGCGCCCACCACGCCCAUCACGACAGCUAGUCGGGCGGGCGCGGGCAUCUUGACUGCUUUUGUCGUCGUCUCGUGGCUAGGGGCCAUCUGGUGGAUGUACGUGUGAUGCAACUAGUUUUUGCAAAUGCUGCGACGAUGUUGAUGCUGGCGUUUUCGGGUGUGAACACAAUGGGGAGGGAAUGGGACUCUUAACGACCAAUAUUCUCUGGUAAAUACAUUUCAAUCAUU